UAAUUCAAUCCUCCAAAAGUUUUUGACUUUUCAGUUUAUUUCACUUCAAAACAAAAGUGAGAGAGAGUUUGCUUAGAGGUUGAUGCAGAGAUGAUAGAACUAAAGGGUGACCCAUAUACUCACUGAAACCCCAUUUUCAAUUCUGUCUUUCUAGUUUAUGGGUUUUUAGAAAACAAAAGAAGAGAUCGUUGCAAGACCCACUUGGAGUUCUUUUACUUUCCCCUUGAAUUAGCAAUCAUGGUAGCAAGAACCCCACCAAAGCAGAGGAGAAUGGUGGCACCACUCAAUCCUGUUCUAAUUAGGGAAACCGUAAAGAAGGUGGAAAAAUGCAUGGCUAGAUUGCAAGAGCUUCAAUUCACAGUGGCAGGUGGGAAUAAGAUGAUAUCUGGGGUUAGUCUCAGUCCUAGAAGUACCAGAGGUUAUCUAAGAACUAGUCUCAGGUGCAAGCAAGAAUCUUUAAGGAUCAAGAAUGCUACUCCUAAGAAAUCGCCAGUUGGGAAGUUGCCAGCAAGUGUUGUAGGAGAGUGGAAGCGAAUGUCAUUACCAGCAAUGCUAGUCGGAGAAACAGUUGGAGAAAUUUUACAAGCAAGCAAAUUUGCAAAAGAAAUUGUUGAAGCAGUUGCCUGUAAAACCAAGAAAUCCACUAUAGAAGAUCCUCAAACUCCAGUUACCCAACAGAGGAAACACAGACCAAACGAGAACACUGAACUCAAGUCAAAAAGAAAGAAAGAAAAGCAAAAUAAACUACAAUCUAUCCGAUUAGAAUCCACUUCUCCAACUCUCCAAAGAGCUCGAUCACGCAUUAACUUCAAGGUUGUUUCACCUCCAAAGAAGAGAGCUGUAGAGAAAGAAAACACACCGAAAUAUUUGGCAAAUAGAGUGUCUCCAAGGAAUAGGCCGUGGGCUAGAAAGACAGUAUUGUUUCCAAACCCUUUAUUCCUCUCUACGGAUUCUACACAGCAGCAGAAGUUCUGCAGGACAAGGUCUCCUGUUAUUUCUACAACUAAACAGACUACUCCACAUAAGUUUUUGAUAAAGUCGCCACCAUCUGCUUCCAAGUUUCAAGUGAAGAUUAAGAGCUCGCCAGUGGUUUCUAUAUCACCUACUAGACCUGCAAACUUCAGCAAGAAAUUAUCGCCUAAGGUGUCAACUGCUUCAAAAUUGCGUCGGUCAUUUUCGCCUUCAAGAUUGGCUAACAGAUUGGUAUCUCCAUUGAAGACCAGGAAAAGUAGUGUACAGAAGACUGAUGGAUUAAUGAGUGGAUUGAAACAGCGUCCAGCUUCAAUGCCAAGAAGGUUUUCAUUGGGAAGAUUUUGACUUCUGCUUUUUGGUUUUAGUUCAUCAGAUUUGUUUGAAAGUUGGAAACUUUCUUAAUCAAUGUCCAUAGUUGAUUCUUUGUGUCUUUUACGAAUCUUUUAUUCUAUACUUGUAUGUUUGCUUCUUUUUUACUUGUAUGUUUGCUUCAUCAAGAACGCCUGCAUAGUAUGACACGUACAUGUAUUGGAUUCUCAUUGUCUGAGCGAAGUUUCAAAUUUUUUUU